GGGACGUGGCUAUACGGGUCUGUCGACUUUUUUCCGUCUUGACCUUACGAAAGCCUUAGUAGCCGCAGAGCAUUGGACUCAAAGCUAGAGCAAUGUCGGCAAGCGAUGAGCCCCUGCAGAGACGUCUGAAAGACAAUUACGUUUAUCUCAUCAAUCAUCUUCUCGUGAAAGAUUGUCUAGAUGAACUGUUCGAGAAAGGUGUCGUCAACGAGGAAGAAAGCGAUGAGCUGCGAGAGCUGAGCGACCUAGAGAGUGCGAGGCGUUUUGUGGAUCGUCUUAAGCGCAAAGGAGAGGAAGUCAUCUCCAAUUUCCUCGAGAUUAUCAAGCGCAAGCAAACGUUUAUCUACGACCAUCUGAUGGCCAAGGGUGAAGGUCAAAAUGGUCGACAUGGUCAAGUGGCAGCUGGAGGAGACCCUCGGACGGUCGGAGGGGAUCAGACUAGUGAGUCUACAUCUGGAGGUGAUAGCAGUGGUCUGGACAUGAAAGCCAUUGUUACAAUCAAACAGAUGAAAGCGGUUGCUAAGGCUGUAAGACACAAAUGGCAGGACAUUGGAAUUGAUCUUGAUCUAGAUAUAAAUGAUCUUGAGGAUCUUAGUGGUGACAAAUACACUCGCUGCUUGUCAGUGUUGAAAAUGUGGAAGGAUUCAAACUUGACAACAGCUACAGUAGAGAAGCUGGUGGCUGUGGGUAGGAAGGCGGAAGUUUAUGGAGCAGUCGUGAGGGCGUUGCAAGAACAGUCAAAGGACACUUAGUUCUUCACUUCACACGCUGGACUUGAAUUUUACUGCAUGCAACAGCAUUUGCUGUAUUUUUAGCUAGCUAGCAACUCAAUGAAGAUGCUGUUGCUACAAUCAAAUUUGUAGUAGUGGGUUGGUGCUGCGUAGUGAUUUUAGUUCUUUUAGAUAAAUCUGAAGGCUUUAUAAAAAAUUUUUUAGUUGAUUGA